AUGAUUCAACUCCAAUACAUGGCACCAUGGGUGCCCACCUUCUCUACAGCACUCGAGUCCGAGCUAGCCGCGAAAGAAUACUCGCCGCCGUUCACAACGUUCUCGUUCGCGACCGUGGACAAGGACGGGUUUCCUCAUAACAGAACGUUGGUGUACCGAGGCUACCUCUUCGACAACAAAACCAACAACGUUUUGACCUUUUCGUCAGACAAACGUACCGGCAAAUAUCAAGAGUUGAAGGAGAACGACAAGUUCGAGGCUGUUUUCUACUUCGAGAACGCUAGAAAGCAGUUCCGUUUCCGUGGAAAGGCCCGUAUCAUCGACAACGAACACAUGCCUUCGUUCGAUUUGACCACCAUACAGCCCCACCAUGUCAUGCAAGACAAUCUCCACUCUCAGUCCAACUCCAGCAGUGACGAACUGAGUGACGACGAGGACAGUUUGGAGAUUUCGGUGGGUUCGAAGACUUCUACGGAUGCUAUGGAUGCAGCUCAGAAGUCGCAUCACACGUCUCCUCAAGAUGUUCCUUUGAACUAUCCCAUCAUAUCUCCAACUCUCUUGGAGCAGAUCCAAAAGGAGAGCAGCUCGCUCUCAAUCUCUUUCACAAAUCUUCAUGAGCUCACUGUAAAUGAGUUUUGCCCGCCUACUCGCCAAGAAUGGGACGCAGAAAUGGCUAGAAGCUGGGGUUCUCUCUCGAAGCAAUUGAAGCUGUCGUUCCGUGGGCCAUACCCUAAGCUGUUGAUGGAUGAUCAAAACCACAACCUCAUCGACAAGAUAUCUCGUGGUGUCGAUGGCAAAAAGGAGGAUUCUGGCUUAAAAAACUUCGUGUUGAUAGCAUUGUUCAUGGAAUAUGUAGACUACUACGAUAUGGAGAAGAGCAGAAGAUAUAUCUACGAGAAAGACGAGAACCAUCUUUGGAGUGAGCACGAGGUCUGCCCAUAG